AAAUCAGGUUCACUGUUCAAUAUGUCAAUUUUAAUUGCAAUUAAUUUGCUAAAUUAUAUGGAUAGGUUUACAGUGGCAGGAGUUUUAACAAACAUACAAACAUUUUUUGGGAUUAACGAUGCUGAUGCAGGUCUGCUGCAAACUAUUUAUAUGAUCUUUUUUAUGCUUGCUUCGCCGAUUUAUGGCUUUUUUGGUGAUAGGUAUAACCGAAAGUAUAUAAUGACUGCAGGUUUAACUCUAUGGACAUCUACAGUCUUGGUCUCUACCUUUGUUCCUAAAAACACUUUCUGGUUGUUUCUUUUUCUGCGAGGAGUGGUUGGAGCAGGAGAAGCAUCGUAUUCAACAAUUGCACCUUCGGUCAUUGCCGACAUGUUCGCUGGUUCAAGUAGGAGCCGCAUGCUAAUGUUGUUCUACUUUGCUAUUCCAUGCGGAAGUGGUCUUGGCUUCAUAAUUGCUACUAGAGUAGCCGCAAUCACUGGCGAUUGGACAUGGGGUGUACGUAUAACAGUCUUCCUUGGUAUUGCUUGCGUCGCACUGAUAUAUACUUUUGUAAAAGAACCGGAACGAGGCGCCGCAGAACGAGAAAAGGGUGAAAUUGCUAAGUCCCUGAAAGCCACUAGCUAUUGUGAAGAUCUCAAAUGGCUCACAACGAAUAUGACAUAUAUCUUCGGCACUGCUGCAUACACGGCAAUUGUUUUUAUGGUGGGAACAUUGUCGUGGUGGGCUCCCACUACUAUUGAGCAUAGUGUUGCUCACGAAAAGGGAUUGAACAGCACAGACUUGUUACCUGCAGAGGAUAAAGCUCGGCAAGUUUUUGGUUUUAUAGCUUUUAGCAUAAAUCUGAUUUUUGGUGCUCUUACGUGUGUUGGCGGAAUUGUGGGUGUAGGUCUAGGAUCAGUCCUCUCUAUGCUCCUCCGCAAUGGAGUUGGGCCGUUCAAGCAUUGUCAGACUGUACGAUCAGAUCCAAUCAUCUGCGGAGUCGGAGCACUCAUUGGCGUACCAACUUUGUAUUUUUCACUCCACUUAAUCCCAGUUGAUUUGAAAGCGGCUUGGGUAUGUCUUCAUGCAGUAGAUAAAUAA